AUGACAACCGCAAUACAGUAUUACGAUAAAAGCUUCAAGCAGCUGAAGGUCAGCAGCAGCCUUAUAACGGCGGGGCUGUGGAAGGAAAAGGAUCCAUCCUUCUCGAGGGGACGUAUAUCAACUGUUUCGAUUGCGUUGACGUUCCUACUUAUGCACGCCUGGACAGGGUACAAGUACCGCCGGCAGGCGAUGAUACUGAUAAAAUCCCAAUCACUGACCUGUACCGCAUUCGUCCUCAUGAUCAAGUACUUUUGGGUCAUUUUCAAACGCGAUAUGGUCCACAAGCUCACGGAUGAGAUCAAAAUGGAGGUGUACGUGAAGUACGGCGAAUCAAGCAAGGAGUACCCGUUGGUGUGGAAAUACGGUCGUAUCCUGUACCACGUCGGGUGGAUUAUGGCGUGUAGCUACUGCUUGUCACUGUUCAUUAUCAUGCUCAACCCGGUGUAUGUAUACCUGAAGGAUAGGAGUUUGGUGCUUAUAUUUUUCAGUGAAAUACCGCAUGUCGACUGGACGCAGGUUGGCGGUUAUUGGAUAACGGUUCUCGUACAGAUCGUGCUCUAUCUAACGGGUGUUUGUGGUAUGAUACUGGUCGACUAUUUGGCUACUUACUAUACCAUAAAUGGAUCACUUCGGAUGGACGUAAUGCGGUUUCAUUUAGACGAAUUGCAGAAGUUGCUAGUAGAUAUUUCCAAGCGGCAUUCUAGUGCUACUGGUCUUCGAGAGGAAGCGCAUCGUCUGUGGAGAGAUUGUCUGACCGAACAUCAACAGAUCGUGGAGUUCUUUGGCAAUUUUUCCGACUUAUGGAGCAUGAUUAAUCUGGCACAGGUCGGAUGCAGCGUGAUAGGCAUCUGUGUCAAUAUGUUGCUACUAAUGGUGGAUAAUUGGUAUGUGGCGAAUUAUAUUCUGUUCGUACUUGUAGUAGAUUUAACCGUUCAUUUCGUCCUUGGAGCAAUAAUCGAGGGAAAGGUGGACGAUCUGCACAACACCUUGAAUCAGUUUGCGUGGUACUUGCUAGACGACCAGGGACAGCAUGAGUAUCAGUUGCUGUUGUUGCGGUCACAACUUGAAUCCGGACUGUCGAUUGCUGGAAUUGCACCAGUGAACUAUGAAACUUACACUAAGGUAUUAGAAUCUCAUCCACUAGCAAUGGUUGUUUAA